AUGUGGGUGGCGGAGCAGCUCGGCGGGGUGCGGGGACCCCCGGCGGCAUCGCAUCGCUCCUCCCCGGCACCUCAUCUGCCCGGUCCUGCCCGCAGGUCCAACCGCGACUGCCAGAUCGACCAGCACCACCGCAACCAAUGCCAGUACUGCCGCCUGAAGAAGUGUUUCCGCGUGGGCAUGAGGAAGGAAGCCGUGCAGCGGGGCCGGAUCCCCCCCACCCACUCCAGCACCAGCCCCAACACCAUGCCCAGCGGGGAAUACUUCAACGGGCAGCCGGUGUCGGAGCUCAUCUCGCAGCUGCUGCGGGCUGAGCCCUACCCUGCCGCCCGCUAUGGCUCACAGUACGCGCAGCAGGGCAGCGUCAUGGGCAUCGACAACAUCUGCGAGCUGGCUGCCCGCCUCCUCUUCAGCACGGUGGAAUGGGCCCGGAACAUCCCCUUCUUCCCCGAGCUGCCCGUCUCCGACCAAGUGGCACUGCUACGGCUCAGCUGGAGCGAGCUCUUCGUCCUCAACGCGGCGCAGUCGGCGUUGCCGCUGCACAUGGCCCCGCUGCUGGCCGCCGCCGGCUUCCACGCCUCCCCCAUGUCGGCCGACCGUGUCGUCUCCUUCAUGGACCAGAUCCGCAUCUUUCAGGACCAGGUGGAGAAGCUCAACCGGCUCCAGGUGGACUCGGCCGAGUACAGCUGCCUCAAAGCCAUCGCGCUCUUCACGCCGGACGCCUGCGGCCUCUCGGACCCGGCGCACGUGGAGAGCUUGCAGGAGAAGGCGCAGGUGGCCCUCACCGAGUACGUGCGCUCACAGUAUCCCUCGCAGCCCCAGCGCUUCGGCCGGCUCCUGCUGCGGCUGCCGGCCCAGCUCUUCUUCAUGAGGCUGGUGGGGAAGACACCCAUCGAAACACUAAUCAGGGACAUGCUGCUGUCCGGGAGCACCUUCAACUGGCCCUACGGGACGGGGCAGUAGGGGACAGAGCCUCUCCCCCCGGGACACCCUGGGGACCCCCAGCAGCUGGACCCGGAUUCCCUCCAGCGCCCUGAGACGGUGCUGUCCCUGGGGAGCCCCGAACUGCGCCGGUCCCCAGCCCCGCAGCUGUCUUGUAGCUCGUCCGUCCGCCGCAGCUCCCCCCAAAAGCAGCGGGGUCGCAGCUUUGUCCUCCUAAACCCGAAGGUACUGGCCGUGCCACCGCUGUCGGACACUCAACUCUUCCGUACCCCCGUGAAGCGGAGCUCCCUGGCCUCCCCCGGGGACCUUGGAGCAUCCCCAGGGCUGGUCCCUUGCUCUGCCCCUGUGUCGGAGCUGGGCUGCAGCCCAGGGAGGGGGACGCCGUCCUCUGGCUGCCCCUCCAAAUCUGAAGUUCAGAUGGCGGGAGGCUGGGACA